CCUCGCGCACUCGCGACUCGGUUGUCUUGAGAUUCUGUCACUGUCGCGCGCUCUCCAGCCCAUAGGAUAGAGAUACAGCGAGUGAUUACGCGCACACCGGUUUAGCGAUCACUUUGGGAGCAAGACAUAGCUUCAAUAUUUAUUCACAAGUUUAUGAAGUUUACAAAAGGACAUACGUCUGUACGAGUAUCUUAAUUGUCCUCUGGACAGAACACUCCAGAACUUCGCUCAAUAAAGUUCGAUGCCACUUCUCCAGUAAGGAUGAAGACGGCGGAGAUCUGUGUGGUCCUGUUUGUCUUGAGCUGUGUAUGUGAACUGUCAUUGUCUUUGGACCCCCGAGAUCCAAAUGUUUGCAGCUUAUGGGAAAGUUUCACCACUUCAGUAAAGGAAUCAUAUGCUCAACCUUUCGACCAAGUGAAGUAUGAAGGGACUUGCUUUGAACCCUGGAGCGCUAACAAAUGCUCCCGGCACAGGAUCACCUAUAAAACACUUUAUAGGCAGGUGGUGAAAAUGGACUAUCGUAGGAGGUAUCAGUGCUGUCGUGGCUUUUAUGAGAGCAGAAAUAAAUGUGUUCCACGUUGCACUAAGGAGUGUGUCCAUGGCCGCUGUGUAGCACCUGAUCGCUGCCAAUGUGAGAGCGGCUGGCGUGGAGAAGACUGUUCCAGCUCAUGUAAUGCCCAGCAUUGGGGUCCAGGCUGCAGGCAGCGCUGUGAGUGCCAGAACGGGGGAGAGUGUGACGUUAUUAAAGGAAACUGUCAGUGCCCAGCCGGAUACACUGGUGAACACUGCCAGGACCCCUGUCCUGCAAAGUCAUUCGGUCAGGACUGUCUGCAGCAGUGCCGGUGUGGAACAGGAGGAUUCUGCAAUAAAACCACUGGAGAAUGUGUGUGCAGAGAUGGAUUUACUGGAACCCUGUGUGAGGAGCCAUGCAUGAGGCCGAGGCAAUGUCCUGUACGCUGCCCAUGUCAGAAUGGAGGCAUCUGCCAGGGGAGAGGGGUGUGUGUGUGUCCACCUGGCUGGAUGGGUGCAGUGUGUACUGAGAGGUGUCCACCAGGCCGUUUUGGUCCAAACUGUGCUAAAGAAUGUUUGUGCCAUAAUGGAGGCCACUGUGAUCCAGAAAAAGGCCAAUGUCAGUGUGAUGCAGGCUACACGGGAGAAAGGUGUAACGAGGACUGUCCAGUGGGCAUGUACGGUGUGGACUGUAAGGGUGUGUGUGACUGUGCUAACGGAGCACGGUGCUUUAACAUCAACGGUGGGUGUCUGUGUGAGCCGGGGUUUAAGGGUCCACGCUGCGAUCACAGGAUGUGUCCUGAUGGGACCUACGGCAUGCACUGCGAACACCACUGCCUCUGCAACUCACAAAACACUCUCAGCUGUCAUCCUCUGAAGGGGGAGUGUACCUGUCGGCCCGGGUGGGCGGGGCUAUACUGUAAUGAAACCUGUGCUCAUGGUUACUAUGGCAAUGGUUGCUUGGAGCCCUGCCUCUGUGUGAAUGGAGGGGUGUGUGACACGGUGACGGGCGAGUGCCACUGUGCACCCGGAUACACGGGACUACACUGUGAGAAGCUUUGUGAGGAUGGUUUCUAUGGGAAGGGCUGCUUAUCUCCCUGUAUCUGUGUAAACUCUAUAGCCUGCUCUCCCAUCGAUGGAACAUGUUUCUGUAAGGAAGGGUGGAGAGGACUUGACUGUUCUAUUGCAUGUUCAGAGGGCACAUGGGGUUCUGGCUGCAACCUCACAUGUCAGUGUGCAAAUGGAGCAGCCUGCCACCCUGCCGAUGGUUCUUGCAAGUGCACCGCAGGGUGGAGAGGAGCAUCCUGUGACGAGCCCUGUCCAAUCGGGACAUUCGGUCCAGACUGUCAACACAAAUGUGACUGUCUGCAUGAUGAAGGAUGUGAGAGUGUUACAGGCCAGUGUCUGUGUUUACCAGGCUGGACAGGUCUACGCUGUACACAGCAGUGUCCAGAGGGAACAUGGGGCCUUCAAUGCAACCAGAGCUGCUCCUGCCUCAACAGUGCCACCUGUCAGGCACAUACAGGAACCUGCCUGUGCAAACCCGGAUUUUGGGGAGAUCAGUGUCAACACAUGUGCAGUGCUGGAAAGUUUGGAGAGAGGUGUAGCCAUCAAUGUCCACCAUGUGUACAUCCCUCCUCCUGUCACCACAUAACAGGAGAUUGUUUGUGUCUGCCUGGAUAUACUGGACACCUGUGUGAACAAGCCUGUCCCAUCGGUCGGUAUGGACUUCAUUGUAGCAAUGUGUGCAGUUGCACCAAAAAUGCUACAUGUCAUCACCAGGAUGGUUUGUGCCUCUGUCCUGCCGGAUGGACUGGACCGGACUGCUCUUUAUUGUGUCAGACUGGGACGUUCGGCACUAACUGCGCUCAGACUUGCUCGUGUCCCCCCAACCAUUCCUGCGAUCCUCACACUGGAGACUGUGUGUGUGUACCUGGACCAGGCGAGGAUUGCAAACCAGAGCAAGAACAGAGUAUGAUGGUGCCCGUGUCUCCGGUGGAGAAGGACUCAUGGAGUGCGAUCACAGGAAUUGUGGUGCUGGUGAUUCUGGUUGUACUCCUAUUGGCUGUUCUGUUGCUGUAUCGGCACAGACAACAGGACAAACAGAGCAACACUCCCGUUGUGUCUUUCUCUUCAACCCGCACUGUCAGUUCAGAGUAUGCUGUGCCAGAUGUUCUGCACAGCUACCAUCACUAUUACUCAAACCCGAGUUACCACACGCUGUCUCAGAACAGACCUCCACUGCCACACCUGCCCAACAACCAGGACAGAGCCAUCAAGAACACCAACAAUCAGCUGUUCUGCAGUCUGAAGAACACAGAGAGGGUGAGGAGAGGUCUGUUUGUGCCUGAGACUAAUGCAACUCUUCCUCCAGGCUGGAAACACCAGGAGCCACCUAAAGAUCCAGGGGCUUUUGGCAUUGAUCGAAGUUACAGCUAUAGUGCUACUCUUGGGAAGCACUACAGCAAAGAGUUGAAAGAUUCAUGUGUGGCAGUGAGCAGCAGCUCUCUGAACAGCGAGAACCCAUAUGCCACCAUCAAAGAUCUGCCUGGACUGCCACCUUGUCCUCCGGAGAGCAGCUACAUGGAGAUGAAGUCUGCAGUGCCUCGUGAAAGAUCCUACACUGAAAUCAGCCCACCAGUCAUGACUCCCUCCACUCUGUCAUGCAGAGAACACUGUUCCCGUGGAGACGUUGUGGAACAGGAACCUCAGAAUCAUUAUGAUCUGCCCAUCAACAGUCACAUUCCUGGGCAUUAUGAUCUGCCUCCUGUGCGGAGACCACCCUCUCCAUCACCACGAAGACUGCCCCACUGAUCUCCUUAAAGACUUUGGUUCUUCUUUAAAAUCACUGCCAAAUACAUAGUGUGCUUUACAAACUACGAAAUGAAAAUACUCCAGUCCACCAGAGAUGAAUGAAUGGAUGGAUGGUACCAAAACUGCGCAACACUACCAUCUGCUGGACAAUAUUAACAACCAAGAGAUUUCAACAACAACCAAGAGACUUGCGGGGUAGAUUUUCACCGAUCACAAGUUGCUGUAUUAAAUCUUAUGUGGAAAAACUGCAAAAGAACUGCAUAUAUGCUCAUAUAAAAGUGCAAGUAAAGAAAUUAAAGGGAUACUCCACCCCAAAAUGAAAAUUUUGUUAUUAAUCACUUACCCCCAUGUCGUUCCAAACCCGUAAAAGCUUUGUUCGUUUUCGGAACACAAUUUAAGAUAUUUCGGAUGAAAUCCGGGAGGCUUGUGACUGUCCAUUGACUGCCAAGUAAAUUACACUGUCAAGGUCCAAAAAGGUAUGAAAGACAUCAUCAGAAUAGUCCUCUGCCAUCAGUGGUUCAAUCUGAAAUUUUAUGAAACGACGGGAAUACUUUUGUAGGCAAAGAAAAUAAAAAUAACUUUAUGCAACAAUUCGUCACUCUGUGAUUCUCACAUAUUGAAGUAUUCUGUCGCUUUCAGAUUGAACCAAUGAUGGCAGAUGGACUAUACUUUUCUGGACAUUGACAGUGUAAUUUACUUGGCAGUCAAUGGGGCAGUCACAAGCCUCCCGGUUUUUAUCCAAAAUAUCUUAAAUUGUGUUCGAAGAUGAACAAAGCUUUUAUGGGUUUGGAAUGACUUGAUGGGUAAGUGAUUAAUGACAAAAUGUUCAUUUUGGGGAGUAACCCCUUAAUAGGACAUGUCUGGAGAUUAAUGGGUUAAAUGCUACAUAUUUUCUGUUUUAAAUGCUAUUCAUGUUUCUUAACUAGUCUGGUAAUCAGGGUGUAAAUGACAAUAUCAUUUUUAACACAUACAGAACAAGUUUUCAUGUUUGUAAGAUCCAGCAUUGGGAACAUUUUGCUAUGAAUGUCAAUUGAGGUCAACCAUAAGAACUGUAAAUAGUGUAAAUAAAAUCUAAGUUUUCAA